AUGAGGGGUACCGCAAACAACCCAUUCUUGAUCCAAUCCAAGCCCAUCGACCUGGCCCGCGCGGACGACUGCGCCGCCUUCUUUGCAGCGCUCUAUGUCGGCCGCGCUGCUGCCCAGAGUGACUUCCCUACGUUCUUCUCGAUUCCUCACUCCUUCCCUACCUCCCACACCCUUGGUGGCCUGUACGACCCGGGUAACCCUAAAAGCAAGACGAGGUUCGAUGACGGCCUCAAGGAGUUUCUGAAUGCCCACUGCGAAGACAGUGUGACUGAGAACGAAAUCACUGUCAUCACGAACAUCUGGGUCUCUGCGCUCUUCGGUAUCGCCUACCUUACUCUGGACAGUGACAAAAGGCUCCGGUUUGCCCCCCAGAAGACGUCCGGCAAGUACGCGCGUUUCCAGAUCGAGUACCUCCUAAACAACAUCACUGGUGACGACCUGCGCGAGCUCCAUCUCAACAGCUUCAACAAGCGCUUUCUCACGGACGAAGACGACGGAGGCAAGGCUAUUUGGAUCGGACCUGCGCGCUUCGUCCAGCUGGGUUGUGGCUCUUGCGGCAACGCCGGUUACGUCCUCUCGACUCGCAAGGUCUGCGACAAGCCGCUCUUUGCAUUGCGCGCUGAGAAGAGGAUGUCGGUGGGCAAGACCAUUUGCGCGAUUGACAUGGGUGACGAAUGCGACUGCAACAACACUCCCCGCGAGACCGACGUUGGAACCCCCACUCCCGCUCUCGCCGAGUCGACGCCUUUACAGGCCCCGUUCGUGCUGUUGACUCGCCCCCAACACGAGCGCAGCAUGGUUCUGGGCUCGCCGACUUUGGUGUCCAGAGACUCGAGCCCCACUCCAACUGCCCCCAGGACCGUGACCAGGACCGCGACCAGGACGUACUCGACGACCAAGGUCAAGACUGCCGAGAACUCCAAGCCAACUCGCAAGAGUUCUGCUGCGGCCCCGGCCGCUCCUGCACCCAAGCGCACCCGCCAGCGCUGA